UUUUUUUCCUGCUACGAACUCUAACUAGAAACUAACCCUUUCCCUCUCCCUUCGCUCACUCAAACCUUUCAAAACUCUCUUUCUUCCCCCAAACGCAGGUCUCAUGGCUUUGUUCCAGUGACGAAAAACGCCGUCGUUUUUGUCAUGGUGGGAAUGGUGAUGGUAGCAGCGAACUCCAUGGAAAAACUUUCCGGUCUUGUGGACUCGGCCAAGUUGGCCACUGACAUUCCAUCGAAGCUCGAUCGCCUCCGCCAAUUGAAGAAUGACUUGGUUGAAGAUGACCUUGAUUUGCUCUCUCAUCUCCUUCCUCGUAUUUUCGAGCUUCAUUCUGAUAGGUUCAGUCCGGUUCGCAAAUUCGCUAUUCAAAUAAUUGGUGGAAUUGGAGUGAAGCAUGUCGAUUUCUUACCUGAAAUCGUUCCUGUAUUGAUAACUGUUCUCAAUGAUUCUACACCAGCUGUUGCUCGACAAGCAGUUUCUUGUGGAAUUGAUUUGUUUCGUCGAACUCUUGAAAAAGUUGCAAUUCAGGGUCUAUAUUCUAGUGAAUUGGAUGAUUCACUAGAGUCGGCAUGGGAGUGGAUGUUAAAGCUCAAAGAGAAAAUAUUUUCAAUUGCUUUACGGCAUGGUGGUGGGGGUAUAAGAUUGCUAGCAUUGAAGUUUGUGGAGGCAGUCAUUCUUCUUUACACACCUGAUCCUAAUGGCUCUUUAGAGCCUCCUUCUGAUGAAGAAAAUCUAAUGGAAUUUAAUAUAUCUUGGCUUCGUGGUGGUCAUCCUCUACUCAAUGUUGGGGAUCUGUCAAUUGAGGCCAGUCAAACUUUGGGAUUAUUGCUUGAUAAACUCAGGUUCCCUUCUGGGAUUCCUCUCAGUAACUCGACACUUAUUGUGCUUAUUAAUAGCCUUUCAACAAUUGCAAAUAAGAGGCCUGCAUUCUAUGGACGAAUCCUUCCAGUUUUACUUGGUUUGAAGCCUACAAGCUCUGUUGUUAAUGGAGUGCAUAUUUUUGGGGUACAUCAUGCUUUGAAAAAUGCAUUCCUCGCCUGCUUAAAGUGUACAUACCCGGGUGCUGCACCGUGGCGUGAUCGUUUAGCAGGGGCCCUGAGGGAGAUGAAAGCUGGAGGACCAGCGGAGCCUGUCUUUCACCAUGUUUCUGAGAUUAAUGGAGGUUUGGGAGCUGAGCUAGAAGAUACUUUCCUUGCAAAGGAAGAGAAACCUACUGUUGAAGCAUAUGGUCCCGUGCACAACAAUCUUGGAAAGAAAAGAUCUGGAGCACAGGGUAAAGGUAAUUGUGCUAAGGAUGAAGAUGCAUCAGGGAAACGAAUCCGAGUAACACCUAUUGCCUCAGCUGAAUCAGCUAAAGAGUUAGAAAAGAAUAAUUAUGGUGUUCAGGAUGACAUUUCUUCAACUGGACCAACCACUUCCAAAGGAGACAGUGAUACUGGUCCUGUGCAUCAACUUGUUGCCAUGUUUGGUGCCUUGGUUGCUCAAGGGGAAAAAGCUGUAGGUUCUUUAGAGAUACUCAUUUCAAGUAUCUCUGCUGAUCUGCUGGCUGAGGUAGUGAUAGUCAAUAUGCGCAACCUUCCUCCAAGUCAUUCUAUAGAUGAAGUGGAUGAUGAACCAUUGCUGAACAUGAGUAUAAUUGGCAGCGAUUCUCAAGUUAAAUAUCCACCAUCAUUUGUUGCUAAUGUUCUUUCACUUUCUAGUACUUUCCCCCCAAUAGCUUCACUGCUGGAUACUCACCAGGCAAUAUCCGAUGAUACGAUGAAUCCUGAAGGGGAGGAAGAAUGUUUAGCUGAUAAUGCUGUUGUUGAUGGUGCUGAAUCAUUGUUUUCUACUGGGUUAUCUGCUUCUGAUGUUUCUUCUGAAUUGGGCAAAGGUUGCCUAGCAAUUUCAUCUGAUAUUAAUGAUUUGGGGAAUUUAGAGAGUGAAAUACCUGGAUUGGAUUCUGCUGCUCGUAAUGACGGUUCGUUCGGACAGUUAGCUGCUUCGUCGUCGGUCUCCACCGACUUAGAAGAUGCCAGUUUAGAUCAAAUCACUAGCUCCAGUCAAAUAUCGCCGUUGAAUGUUCUUCCAUCUGUGUCAACAGAUAGGUCUGAAGAGCUAAGCCCAAAAGCGAUUGUUUCAGAUGUCAACAGCCUGGUUUCUUCAACAGCAACUUCAGUUGGGUUGUCUCAUCAUUUUGUCUUGCCAAAAAUGUCAGCUCCUGUCAUCAGCCUUGCUGAUGACGAGAAAGAUGAUCUGCAGAAAUCAGCCCUCAUUCGUGUUGUUGAGGCUUAUAAGCAAUUAUCAGUUGCGGGAGAUUUACAAAUUCGAUCUUCUUUGCUUGCAAGCUUGGGAAUCGAGCUUCCCUCUGAGUUAGAACCCUGGAAGAUGAUACAGAAGCAUAUUUUGGCGGAUUAUGUAAAUCAUGAGGGACACGAGUUGACACUGCGUGUCCUGUACAGGUUAUUUGGUGAAGCAGAAGAGGACCGUGACUUUGUUUCGUCUACAACUGCUACUUCUGUAUACGAAAUGUUCCUUUUUACUGUGGUGGAAACACUUAGAGAUUCAUUUCCACCCUCGGACAAAUCAUUAAGCAGAUUGCUUGGUGAUGUUCCAUAUCUACCAAAUACAGUUUUAAAGUUAUUGGAGUGCUUGUGUUCGCCUGAAAUCUUGGACAAGACUGAAAAAGAAAUUCAAAGUGGGGAUCGAGUGACACAAGGCUUGAGCACAGUAUGGAGCCUGAUUUUAUUAAGGCCCCCGUUCAGAGAUGCCUGCUUGAAAAUUGCUCUAAAGAGUGCAGUUCAUCAUCUGGAGGAAGUGCGGAUGAAGGCUAUUAGACUGGUAGCCAACAAGCUUUAUCCUUUGUCAUCCGUUGCUCAAAGCAUAGAAGAUUUUGCGAGAGAAAUGCUGCUUUCUGUAAUAAAUAGUGAUUCCUCAGACAAAUUGGGUGCUGAAGGACCAAUUACUGAACGCACAAAGGAUCCUGAUUCAGAAAGGUCUUUAAAUGAACUUCAAUCAAUGAGUACCAACAGUAAAGAUGUGCCCUCUGACACUCAUCAAUCCUCCACUUCCCCAGGUGCUUCAUCCUUUAUGGUCUCUGAAGCCCAACGAUGUAUGUCACUAUAUUUUGCUCUGUGUACAAAGAAACAUUCCCUCUUUGGGCAAAUUUUUGUUGUUUAUAGAAAUGCAUCCGCAGCAGUUAAGCAGGCAGUUGAUCGGCAUAUCCCAAUACUAGUCCGCACUAUGGGCCCAUCGCUAGCUCUUCUUGAAAUUAUUUCGGAUCCUCCCAUUGGAAGCGAGAACCUUCUAUUGCAGGUUUUGCAUACACUGACAGAUGGAGCAGUUCCUUCUCAAGAACUGAUAAAUACCAUUAAGAAGCUAUAUAAUUCAAAAUUAAAGGAUAUAGAGAUUCUUAUUCCAAUAUUACCCUUUCUUUCUAAAGAUGAGGUUUUGCUGAACUUUUCCCAAGUUGUGAAACUUCCACCAGAAAAGUUCCAAGCAGCUCUUAUUCGCAUACUACAGGGUUCACCACAUUCUGGUCCACUGCUUGCUCCUGCUGAGGUCUUAAUUGCUAUCCAUGGGAUAGAUCCUGAUAGAGAUGGAAUUCCUCUGAAGAAGGUCACAGAUGCUUGCAACGCUUGUUUCGAGCAGCGACAAACAUUCACCCAACAAGUUCUUGCUAAAGUGUUGAAUCAAUUGGUUGAGCAGAUUCCUCUUCCUGUCUUGUUCAUGCGCACAGUGUUACAAGCCAUAGGUGCUUUUCCUGCACUGGUGGAUUUUGUUAUGGAGAUCCUCUCUCGACUUGUAAGCAAACAGAUUUGGAAAUACCCCAAGCUGUGGGUGGGCUUCUUGAAGUGUGCAUUCUUGACCAAACCUCAGUCAUUCGGUGUUUUGCUUCAGCUACCCCCACCACAACUUGAAAAUGCAUUGAAUCGGACCCCUGCUUUGAGAGCCCCACUGGUUGCACAUGCUAGCCAAAUGGAUAUUCGAUCUUCACUUCCAAGGUCUAUAUUGGUAGUGUUGGGCAUUGUUUCUGAUACUCAGACUUCAGCACAGGCACAAACAAGUCAGUCACAGGCACAAACAAGUCAGUCACUGGCUCAAACUAGUCAGUCACAGGCACAAACAAGUCAGUCACAGGCUCAAACAAGUCAUUCACAAGCCCAAACUAGUCAGUCACAGGCUGCAGAAACGAGCACUGCAGAUAAGGAGAGUAUCAAAGAGAAAUCUAAAGAAUCAUCUAGUGUUUCUUAACAUUUCAGUUUAAUUCUUGAAGAGCCUGAGAAACGAUUUCGGCGUUUGGCGAAUGGUGAACACAGCCAAGUUUCCUGCCAACUUAUUAUGACCUGUCAAGUUUCCUGCCACCUUAUUUAACUUGGAUGGGAUGGACUGUCAAGAACAAAGGCCAUGAACCGAGCAAUUAUUUUCUCAGAUGAACAAGAGCAAGGGCAUUAUGUUGUACUUCUACAUCAUUUAAACUUGCAAGCUGGGCAUAUAGACAAGGCAGAUUUCAGUGUGCUAGCGAAACUGGCUAUCGGGGAUAAGUAGCCAAAUUAAUAAUAUUAAUGUGUUAUAGUGUGAAAUUUUGUAAGAGGAAUAAUGAUCGAUAGUAUAUGUGAAAUGUGGUCCAUUUUUUCUUUAGAUGAUAUGUAGAAAAUUUCUUUCGAGCACUUUAUGAAUAUUGUUCAGAAGUUCAACGCCUACCUGAAAAGGUUAAACAAUGACCCGUGCCAUCAAAUGAAUAAUGAUGAAUAAUGAAAACUCAUAAACUAGUAAGUUAUUUCUCUC